ACUGAGUACCGUACGAGGUCCAUUACCUGAUGCGGUCAACGUCAUAUAGCGGCUAAGGACACUUAAUGAUGCAUGGGAUUCUGCAGAUUUUUAGCACAUUUGGACAUCACCAGAAGUACCAGUCCUCCAGUACGGAACCUAUCUCCUCCGUGUUUGCCAGUCGCCACCCUACCACAACCUGCGCGAAGAACUAAGACUGGGAGGUGGAGGCGAGGACACACCCGCAUACUGUAGCUCUCCAACACCGGUGCACGCGUGGUGAUGCUGCAGACAACAGGAUUAUCUGAUUAACGGUGCAGAGUAGGACAUAUAUUUUUCUUCUUCUCGGGAAAUAAAACACACCGUUGGCCGCUGGCAAUUUACCCCAUUAUAUCAGGUGACAAAUGGGAACAGCAACUAACACCCAGUUUUGAACAAGGUGACUGCUGACGGAUCAAUCCAUGAGGUGACAUCCUGUGAGAUCCUGUGGCCGCCCGGUCUUUACGGCAUUGAAUCCCCUCCCUCUCCUCCGUCCCCCUCCCAGCAGUUUCCUGGCUGAAAAGCGCAGGCUCCCUGCUCCCCCAGCAGAAUGACUGUAGCCACUGGCGACCCCUCUGACGAGGCGGCAGCGCACCCGGGGAACGAGUACGACCCUGACGCUGACCACGAGUGCUGCGAGAGAGUGGUCAUCAACAUCUCUGGGCUGCGUUUUGAGACACAGCUUAAAACCCUCUCCCAGUUCCCCGACACUCUGCUGGGGGACCCCAAAAAGAGGAUGCGCUACUUCGACCCACUGAGGAACGAGUAUUUCUUCGACCGGAGCCGCACCAGCUUUGAUGCCAUUCUCUAUUUUUACCAGUCAGGAGGGAGGCUACGGCGGCCGGCCAAUGUGACCCUCGAUAUUUUCUCAGAGGAGAUCCGUUUCUAUGAGCUGGGGGAUGAGGCCAUUGAGCUCUUCAGAGAGGAUGAGGGUUUUGUCAAGGAGGAAGAGAGGCCACUUCCUGACAAUGAGUUUCAGAGGCAAGUGUGGCUGCUCUUUGAGUACCCAGAGAGCUCGGGUCCCGCUAGGAUUAUCGCUAUCAUCUCCGUCAUGGUCAUCCUCAUCUCUAUCGUAAGCUUCUGCCUGGAAACCUUGCCCAUCUUCCGCAACGACGACGACGAACCGCACAGUGUCUUUGACACCAAUACCAACACCACAAUCUACUUCACGUCCACCUACUUCACCGACCCAUUCUUCAUCCUGGAGACGCUCUGCAUCAUCUGGUUCUCCUUUGAGUUCCUGGUGCGCUUGUUCGCCUGCCCCAGCAAAUCGGGCUUUUUUGGUAACGUCAUGAACAUCAUUGAUGUUGUUGCCAUCAUCCCUUACUUCAUCACCUUGGCCACAGAGCUGGCUGAGAAACCAGAGGAUGGCCAGGCGGGUCAGCAAGCCAUGUCCCUGGCGAUUCUCAGGGUCAUCCGUCUAGUGCGAGUCUUCCGAAUUUUCAAGCUCUCGCGACACUCCAAGGGGCUUCAGAUCCUGGGCCAAACCCUGAAAGCUAGUAUGAGGGAGCUCGGUCUGCUGAUCUUCUUCCUCUUUAUUGGAGUCAUACUUUUCUCCAGUGCUGUCUACUUUGCGGAAGCUGAUGAGCCCGAAUCGCAAUUUGAAAGCAUCCCAGACGCCUUCUGGUGGGCUGUUGUCUCCAUGACGACAGUAGGGUAUGGUGACAUGGUCCCGACCACCAUUGGUGGCAAGAUUGUGGGCUCCCUCUGUGCCAUUGCAGGUGUGCUGACAAUUGCCUUGCCUGUGCCUGUCAUUGUUUCCAACUUCAACUACUUCUACCACCGUGAGACAGAGGGCGAGGAGCAGGCCCAGUGCCUAGGCCCAGUCACCAAAGAGGACUCGAAUGAAGAGCUGAAAAAGAGCCGGAGCGGCUCAACCAUUAGUAAAUCAGACUACAUGGAGAUCCAGGAAGGGGUGAACAACAGUAUUGAGGACAUCCCUGAAGAGAACCUCAAGACUCAGGCCAACUGCACGACGUUGGCCAACACAAACUAUGUCAACAUCACCAAAAUGCUCACAGACGUGUAGCCAGCCGGCAGGCAUUGUCCUCUCGGUGAGGUUGAGGGGUCAAAGGAUAGGACAGGUGUGUAAGCCUCCUUUUUCACAUGUGCUGCUGGAAUAUCAAGGCAAUAGAUUCAGGACGUAUACCUGUACUCGUCUCUUGUGAGUGGUGAGAAACACCAGAGACCAUGUGCUCACUCCUCCCCUAACACCCCCUGUUAGCUCGUCACACCUUGCCCUCAAACUGACCUUCUGUCAGAUUUCAAAUCUUAUAAUCCACAUUUUGCUUGUUGAUGUCUGCAUGGAGUUGGCUUUGUCAGUGUGACUUUUUCAAAUAACCUGUUCACAACAGUAGUACAAAAAAAGAGGAGAAAUGUAGUUAAAAAAAACACACCACCAACACUGCUUCAGCCCCCCUGUGCCGGCCCCUACCCUGGUCUCCCUUCAUUGCUAAAGGCACACUGCGCUUCUGAAGAGUCUUGUUUGCGUGUUACAAUAUGCUGCUUCCUGGAGCAAGCGAAAAAAAAACCCGUUCUGUGGUGAACUACUUGGAGAUUACAGAACGUGUGAGCAUUAAGCAAGCGUGCUGCGCUGCUGAGGCCUGUCAUGACCUGAGUCGGAGGAGUGUGAUACUGUAGUAGCAAUCCACACGAUUUACGGGAUAUCAGCUCCAUAAGCUUAUGAUGGUUUGACUUAUUUUCUUCAGUAGACAUCAGUAUCUGAUGAAUGACUGAGAAUGUCCUUGACUUUUCACUGCUUUAGUCUUACAUGAUGUAUGUGUUUACUGUACAUUGCAAUGCAAGCAUCCCUCCUCCACUCACCUGCAUCAGUCUGAACCAGUCUUGCUGCAGAUUUGAGGACAAAGUGAAUGUCUCUUCCUCUUUCAUAAAAAAAAAGAAGUGUACUCAUUUACAUACAGAUAGGUAAGUAGUUGUGACUGUAACCGAUACAGUAGCUAGAUACGGUAGGAAAUGUAGGUAGUUGAUUGUUGCAUGGAGUUCUUAACUGAAUGAGUGUUCUCACUCCCACAACUAUCAUUGCUCCAAAGACACAGUUUAUUGUCUUGCUCUCUAUAACCUUCUAUCAUACAUGUGAAGGGGUGACUAUAAAGUGGGUAUCAUACAUGUAAGUAUUCACCCCCCCCAUGGAUUUUCUCACGUUUUGUUGCCUUACAAAGUGGGAUUGAAAUAGAAUUCAUUGUGAUUUUUUUUUAGCCAAUGAUCGACAUAAAAUACUCCAGAAUGUCAGAGUAAAAAAAAAACAUUUAAACACAAUUUGACAAAGUAUUCACUCCUUUUGUUUACUCAAGCCUAAAUGAGUUCAGGAGUAACAUUUGUCUUAACAAAUCACAUAAUCACUUACAUGGACUCACUCUGUGUGAAAUUAUAGGGGUUGACAUGACAUUUGAAUAACUACCCCUUCCGCUAUCCCCCAUAUACAGUAUACAACAUCUGUAACUUCCCUCAGUCAAGUAUUGAACCUCGAGCACAGAUUCAACUACAAAGACCAGGGAGAUUUUCAGAAGCCUCAUAAAGAAGGACAGGGAUUGGUAGAUGGGUAACAAUAACAAAGUAGACAUUGAAUAUCUCUGUAAGCAUGGUCAAGUGAAUAAUUCUGCUGUUAGAUUAGGUAUUCAAUCACCUAGACACGUCAAACAUACAGUCGUCCUUCUAGACUGAGCUGCAGGGCAGGAAGGAAACUGCUCAGGGAUGUCACCCUGAGGCCAUUGGUGAUUUUUUUAAACGGUUACAGAUUUCAAUGGCUGUGAUGGGAGAGAACUGAUCAACAACAUUGUAGUGACUGCACAAAAAUGACUUAAAAAUAAGAAUCCACAUUUUCAGAAUAUAAAUAUUGCAAAACAUGCAUCAUGUAUGCAACAAGGCACUACAUUAAUACAGAAAGAAAACAUGUUUGGGGAAAAUCCAACAGAACACAUCACUGGCUGCAUCAUGGUAUGGGUAUGCUUGAAAUAGGCAAAGACUGCUGAGUUUUUCAGGAUAAAAAUAAAUGGGAUGAAGCUAAUCACUGGCAAAAUCCUAGAGAAAAACCUGCUUCAGUCUGCUUUACACCAGACAAUGGGAGAUUAAUUCACCUUUCAGCAGGACAAUAAACAACAACACAAGUGCAAAUCUUACACUGGAGUUGCAUACCAAGAAGACAGUGAAAGUUCUUAGUGGCCAAGUUACAGUUCUGACUUAAAUCUGCUUGAAAAUCUAUGGCAGUACUUGAAAAUUGCAGUCUAGCCAUGAUCCCCAACACCUUGACAAAGCUUGAAUGAUUUUGAAAAUAAUAAUGGACAAAUGUUGCACAAUGCAGGUGUACAAAGAUCCCAGAGACUUACCCAGAAAGACUCAUCGCUGCCAAUGGUGUUUCAAACAUGUGUUGACUCGGGGUGAAUACUAGUCUAACUCAAAGUACUGUAUUACAUUUACAUUUAAGUC